AUAAGAUCUCCGUGUAAUAUUUUUUGCGAUUUUUACGCAGAUCAAUUUACGGUGCGUCAGCGUAUUUUAAAUUUUAAGCAGCGGUGUGGGGAGCAUGCGUCAAAAACGGUACGCAUACGACGCGUCACUGCGAUUCCGUAUCGUGACCGUUUUUUAAGCUACGGUGCGGUCGCACCUUAACUCAAGAACGUCAAGCUAGACUCAAACAUAAUUCAGUGAGAAAAUGCUUGUAAAAUCAGGUUUUUUAUAAAAUUCAUAGAAAUAUUUCCAUUCUUUUCUUGAAUAUGUCAAACGAAAGUGACGCAACGUGGACAAGAGCAGCAAAUAAAUGACGCAUCGUCCGAAUUUGCCGUCAUUUGAACGCAUCCUAUCUGCUUUUUUUGCUUGCCUUGUGAAGUUUUGUUGACAGUUCGACCGUAAAAAGUUAACUUUUCCUAAACUAAAUCACCAACUAAGUUAAUUAUAAAAAUUGAACCUGCAUUUGGUAUUGAACUGCUGAAUUACUAUAUUCGUGGAAUGGGAAAAACAACACAGGUUGAUGGCGACAACAAUCCAACAUCGGUCGAUUCCGAUCCAGACCCCGCUAAGUUACUGGAAGCUGCUUUACUGCAGAUGGAUGGCAUUAUAGCGGAGGCGGGCGGCGCCGGCACCGGCCCGGGGCGCGCCGCACGCGCUCGAGCACUGGAGCUGGCGCAACAGCUGGCCUCGUCGCUGCAGCACGCCAUCCCGCCGCCCCCGCGCCCCGACUUCACCACCGCCAGCGCUAUUUUGCGGUGGCUGCAGCAGAACAACAACUCGGUCGCACUUAUCGGCAAGAACAAACAUGAACUGUUUAAACUCUCGACAUGAACUUCACGAGUUCGACCCGAUUGAACCCAGUGCGCCGUUUUACUAUCCACCUUCACCGCCGCCGUACAACCCAGAAUAUAUAUACGGAGUUAUCG